AUGCCAUCGAUUCAAUGGUCCUUCCUCUCUGCGAGCUUUGAGCUCGCGGAGGUGGAGUUGCCACUUGCUAUGAUGGUGAGGAGAUCUGCGCGUCGAUGAAUGACACCUCACUUGCGCGUGUUAUGCGCUUUCUCUGCAUUCAUUCACAGGUCACCGCUAUGGCAUCUGCGCUUUCCCUUCUCCUGACUGCGUGUCUUGCCUUCGCUCAUGGGGUGGCUGGCGUGCGCCAAUCGGCUCGUCUCACCUUUCAGAUUGCCCCUGUGGCGGCUCGCCAGGAACGCCCGACUCAUCGCCCCGUGCAGAGGGCGACUGCCCUUCACGCAGAGGAGCCAGAGGAGGAGGUACGUACGUGAUUGGCACAGCCGGGCGUGAUAAGUGCAUUUUUGUGCAUUCAUUCGUCUGUCUGUCUGUCUGUCUGACUUGCAGGCCUUCGCCGAAGCCAUGACGGCCAAAGCGAUGCCGAAGGGCAGAUUGAGGGGUUUCUUCACGCGUCCAGACAUAUUGAAGCGAUACUGGGAGUCAGUGGAUCCCAUCGGCCUCAAGGCAGCACCAAACAAGAUACCUCUCACGGGGGGUCAGAAGUUGCUGGUCCGCGAGGGCUAUGUGGACAUCGCCAAGAUCAUUGUGGACGUGUUUAAGAAAUUCAACAAGAAGAUGUCUUCAUUUCCGGAGGGCUUUCGCGUUCUGCUGCGUGGCUCAUCGGGCGUCGGCUUGUCUUGGUUUCUUCUCUUCUUCUUGGCCGUGCUGAAAGGCGAGAUGCACCGAGGCGAGAACUUCAAGAUCUGGUUCGUGAACAACUCCUGUGGGUAAGUCAGCAACGACUUGCUGGCGGCCAGACGUGAUGUUACCUGUUCGCUCCUCCUGGUUUUCAUUCAGGUCAUCGAAUGUCGACCGGAAGGUGUAUGAGCUGUGGAAGGACGGCUUUGUGAGAGUUUGCGACCCGCUAGAGACGUUGUUCCAGUUACAAGAGACGCAGCCGCUGGACUCAUUACAACGCGACUGGCUGCUGAUCGACGGUUAGCAGGGCGUGAGGGAGAGGGGCUGCAUGCCUUGUGUGUGUGUGUGUGCAGGCUUUGAAGGUGCCCUGCAUGAUUUGUGGCCGGGCAGCGUCUUGCUGGCUGCAUCGGCGCGCCAUGAUAACUACAACCAGUUCAAGAAAAGGCUCACACUCGAUCUAGUCAUGCCCACCUGGGCUGAGGAGGAGGUUGCUGCAGCCCUUGAGGGAACCGAGUGGCUCGACCAGCUGAAUGACAAGCGUCCCUAUGCGGGUGGCAUCAUUCGCGAUUACUUUAGGCCUCUCUCUUCGCUCAAGAAGGAUAUGAAACUCGCCGUUGCCUUUCUGAAGUAUGAGGACGCUCGACGAUGGAGGGGAGAAGCCCCAAGGGGUCCGUGGCUAACAAAUUCCCUGAGACCGUUCUCAUGUCGCUCGAUCCCGGUACCAACGGCCUCUACACCUUUGGGAAGGUCGGCUGGCGCUCGUCUUAUAUCCUCGGCGAGUUCAUCCGAAAGCUGACCAAGCAGGAGCUGGAAGAUGAGCUCGACCUCAUCCAUCGCCCGAGAACGAUCAUCGACAAAGAACGGCUGUUUGAGGGCCUCGUUAAUGAAUUUCUGGCAAAGACCAGGCGCCCGAUAAGUCUGGAGCCGCUCAACCACCAUAUGAAACGUGUGAGCAACAGCACUCGAGCGUCAAGGAUGCAGACGCCGCAGAACAAGCUUAGGGGUGUGAUCCGAGUCUCGCUGGACACCACCCAGCACGAACGUGAGCCCCGUCUGUUUACUCGCAGCAGAGACCAGAAGAGGCCCUAUGCCAACGUGCACGAGCCUGGCUUCUGGGUGCCCGAGUCCAAGAACUGGCCAGUCAUCGACUCGCUGUACAUCGACAGCGCUAAAGACGUUAUCUACCUCAUUAAGGUCACCGCCAACAGCGAGCACUCAGCCAGUGGAUUCGAUCAAUCGUUGAUCGCCAACUUGAGGACAAGCUCAGCGAUCGGGGAUGGCAAGAAGACCUGGCGCAUCGUAUGGGCCAUCCCACAAGGCGGCUCGAUCACGCCGCAAUGGCCCAGGGACCCGACUACACGCGAGGACAUCAAGGACCGGCUGCUGUUCCAGGAAUACGUCUUUGCGCUUCCUGCUGGGCGAGCGCUAGAGGAGAUCAGCGCUGAUCCGGUAAGUAAGGGCAGUCAGUGAUGUGGAGGCGGGGAAGGCGGAGGAAACGAUGCUUGCUUCGUGUUAUGUAGACUGGUACCCCGCAGCGAGGUGCAAAGGGAUUGUUUCGCCGCUUUCUUCAAGAGUUCUUCAGCCGCUCGAAGAGGAAUUGAUUUUCCGUCCUCUUGUGGCCUGCUCGAUGAGUAUCUUCCGUGACCACUUUAGUGUUUUAUCGUUGUUAUCAGCUUCGUGUAUACAGAUUUCAG